AUGAUCCUCCUUUAUGUUGGUUCCUCUUGGUCAUAUCAGAUCUCUGCCAUCUUCUCCGUCAAGCUUCUUCUGUUCUACUUCUCUAAAGCUAACGUAGGAUCUCCUUGUCCGAUCAAUGGCGUACCAAUCUUGAGAAACAUUAGUGAACUUCCUCAGGAUACCUAUGGAAUACCUGGUCUUACCAACAUGACUGCUGCUGGGUCUGUAUUGCACGGAAUGAAAGAGAUCUAA